UGCACGCUUCGCGUCCGGAGAAGCGGGUGGAAGCGGGCUUCGAGUUGGUUUCGAGGACUAACGUUGUUUGACGUGCCAAUCUACGAUGAGCACGAAGGAGAAUUCCGUGGUGAAUACCAGCAAAAACCCGCCGUCCGCGAACGCCAAGCCGUACGGUAAAAUAGUUUUGACACUGCAAAACUGUCUCCUGCCGGAGGAAAAAUUCAGCUCGACGCCCUCCAGCUUGGACGGUCUAGACGCGGAGACCGAGACCGACCUGAGAAUCCUAGGAUGCGAACUCAUACAGACGGCCGGGAUUUUACUGAAAUUGCCUCAGGUUGCAAUGGCGACCGGGCAGGUGAUAUUUCAGAGGUUCUAUUAUAGUAAAUCAUUGGUUAGGCAUAAUAUGGAAACCACUGCAAUGGGCUGUGUAUGCUUAGCAAGUAAAAUUGAGGAGGCUCCUAGGCGGAUAAGGGAUAUCAUUAACGUUUUCAACCACAUAAAGCAAGUUUCAAGUCAAAAGCCUAUACAACCGGUGGUGCUCGACCAGAAUUACGUCGCCUUGAAGAAUCAAGUGAUCAAGUCUGAAAGGAGAGUCCUGAAAGAAUUGGGCUUUUGCGUCCAUGUGAAGCACCCUCACAAAAUUAUAGUGAUGUACCUGCAAGUGUUAGGGUACGAGAAGAAUCGAGCCUUAAUGCAACAGUGUUGGAACUAUAUGAACGAUUCUUUGCGCUCCGAUGUAUUUUUGCGACAUCAGCCAGAAACCGUGGCCUGUGCCUGUGUUUAUUUAGGAGCUCGUCAGCUGCAACUUCCGUUGCCUACGAAUCCAAGUUGGUUUUCCUUGUUCAAAGUUACCGAGGCAGCCAUCAGAGAUGUCUGUCGUCGCAUAUUGAGGCUCUACUUUCGACCUCGCGUUAAACCCGAACAGCUCGAGAAGAGAGUCGAAGAAUUGCGACGACAAUACGAGGAGGCCAGGUCAAAGGCUAGAAGCGGGGACCCCGAUUGCCAUACUCCGAGUCCUCCUCUGCCGAAGCAUCACAACGCUUGGGGUGGAUUUAUCAGCCGAAGCGGUACUCACGCGGUACCUGAACGGGCAAAGACUCCAAGGCGAUCAAAAUCAAUGAGCGCUUCGCCGACCAGAGUAGAGGGAUCGAAACACGCCAAGAGGAAAAAACACGCCAGCAGGAGUAGAUCGAGAAGUCACAGCCACGGAAGGUCUCGAAAGCCAAAGAAGUCCCUGCGGAGGCGAUCGAGCAGUCACAAGUCAUCGCGCACUCGCUAUAGAUCGCACAGUCGGUCCAGGGACAGGGAUUCGGAAAAACUGAACAAACAUCGAAGUAAACACAGAAGACACUGAAAUUGGAACGCGACGGAAGAUUAAUUUUCCAUAGAUAAUAAUAUCGUUCACCGUGACCUCUUUAUUUAUAAAGUGACAUGCUCAAGUUUCUUUUGGAUUCCGAUAUAUAUACGUGUAUAUAUAUAUAUAUAUCUAUACAUAAAACAGUCAAACAAUUUUUAUCACAA